AUGUCUCGACCGGGAACAAGCCUCAGCAUUGCUCAGCAGUUGAGAAAGUCCACUCAACUGGGCUUGGAAGACCCCGUUCGAAGUGUGGACAAGAAGCAAACAGGGAAUAACUAUACAGCAAAAGUUAAAAUUGGCCACAAAUACACUAUCAUUGGCUUCAUCAGUAGUGGCACAUAUGGUCGAGUCUACAAGGCUGUGGAGAGGAACCCCAAAGGCGAUCCUUCCAGUCCUGUAGGAACCACUCCCACCAAGGAAUUAUAUGCUAUCAAAAAGUUCAAACCCGAGAAAGAGGGUGACAACAUUCAAUACACGGGACUAUCGCAGUCAGCCAUUCGCGAGAUGUCAUUAUGCACAGAACUUUCCCAUCCCAACCUUGUGCACCUAGCAGAAAUCAUCCUGGAAGAUAAAUGUGUCUUCAUGGUUUUCGAGUACUGCGAACACGAUUUACUCCAAAUCAUCCACCAUCACACUCAGCCGACUCGCCGCCCCAUUCCUGCGACAAUGAUUAAAUCUAUCUUAUUUCAACUGCUGAACGGCCUUUACUACCUCCAUCAAAAUUGGGUCAUUCACCGGGACCUCAAACCGGCCAACAUUAUGGUCACUAGUUCCGGUCACGUACGAAUUGGGGAUCUUGGAUUGGCUCGAUUGUUUCACAAGCCUUUAUCAUCCCUCUACUCUGGUGACAAGGUGGUGGUCACCAUCUGGUAUCGGAGUCCAGAUCUGCUGCUUGGUGCACGCCAUUACACACCCGCCAUUGAUUUAUGGGCGGUUGGCUGUAUAUUUGCGGAAUUGCUGAGUCUAAGGCCGAUUUUCAAGGGAGAAGAGACGAAGAUGGACAGCAAGAAGACCGUACCCUUCCAGAGGAAUCAAAUGGGCAAGAUUGUGGAGAUUCUAGGUAUGCCGAGACGUGAAACUUGGAAAGGGCUGGUCGACAUGCCGGAAUAUCCACAACUACAAUCUCUAAUUGUUUCACGAGGAGGAAUGCCGGGAGGGUUAUAUCCUCCGUCGACCGCUGUGAAUCGUGGUUCAGGAGGGAACAACGGCGGCGGAUUGGAGGCAUGGUAUAAUAAUUGCCUCCGACAUGCCAGCUAUCCCACAGACAAGUCUCCAGGUCAGCGGGGAUAUCAGCUUCUAUCUCAGCUUUUUGAGUAUGAUCCCGAUCAACGAUUAACCGCCGAGCAAGCCUUGCAUCACGAGUAUUUCCGAAACACAGACGAGGGACCGAAUAAAGGCAAGAUUUGGGUCAGCAAUAAUUGUUUCGAGGGACUGGAUGAAGUUUACCCACAUCGGAGAGUGAGUACCGAGUCGAAUGAUAUUGGGACUGGGAGCUUGCCAGGGACGAAAAGAGGAGGAUUACCAGAUGAUACGCUGCUACCGGCGGCAAAGAGGAGAUAG